AUGACGUUUACUCUUAUACAUUUAAUCAUCGUCGGAAUCCCCUGGGCUAUUUAUUACGUUACUCACGGUGGCGGAGGUGGUGGUGGCGGCAGUAGUGGUGGCGGCAGUAGUUGUUGCUGUACAAGUGGUGGCUGCACUGGUGGUGGCGGAAGUAGUGGUGGCGGCAGAAGUGGUGGCGGCAGUAGAGGUGGCGGCAGUAGUUGCGGCGGCAGCGGUGAUGGCGGCAGAAGUGCUGACGGCAGCGGUGUAGGCGGCAGUAGCGGUGGCGGUAGUAGCGGUGGCGGCAGAAUGGGUGGCGGCAGAAGUAGUGGCGGCAGUAGUUGUAGCGACAGCGGUGGUGGCGGUAGUAGCGGUGGCGGAAGUUGUGGUGGCGGCAGUAGUGGUGGCGGCAGUGGUGAUUGCGGCAGUAGUGGUGGCGGAAGUGGUGGUGGCGGCAGUAGUGGUGGCGGCGGUAGCGUUGGCGGUAAUACUGGUGGUGGCAGUAGUAACGGUGGCGGCAGUAGUGAUUGCGGCAGUUGUAACGGUGGCGGCAGUAUUGAUGGAGGCAGUAGUAACGGUGGCUACAGUAGUAUCGGCGGAAGUUGUAACGGUGGCGGCACUAGUUAUGGUAGCAGUGGAAGAAGGGAUUAUUUUGGUUGUCGUUGA